AUGACCUUGUCCAAAAUAAAAUGUACAAAGUCUGAAAACCAAAUUGUACCCGGACAAUCGAUACCCGACAAGAAAUGGCCGUGCAAGUGUUCUCGGUUAACCUUAUCAGAUUGGUCUACUGCUUGUACCCGUAAAAGCUUUCAAUGCUUGAAUCUUAAUUGGAUUGGAUAUUUAUUCUUACAUCUUGAUCGUUUGUUCUCUUUUUCCUCAACGAUUUCAAUAGUAGUCUUACGAGCAAUUCCAUGCUUACAGCGAAAAACUAACUAUUUACGUUUACCCCAUAUCUACACGUAUAAUGGGCUAUCUACCACGUACCGGGCAUCGAUUGUCCGGGUACAAUCCGGCAGGUGGUAUAUAAGAGAAGUUACUAUAUAUAGUAUAGCUCAGGUGGUAUACAGGUUCUCUAUAUGCUUUUGCUUUAGAUCCAAAGCUCUCAACAAUAUUGUUGGUAUACGUCGUAGCCAUUUCAAUGCAAGAAGCAGUUACGUAUUUAAGAAAAGGACCACAAAGCAGUCAAUAAAACAGGAAGAUCUGAGGUCAAGAAGACCAAUAGAAAAAAAAGUGAUGUUUGAGAAGUAUAAAAUAGAUAGAAAAACAGAAUGA